AUGGAGAAGAGGCAGACAAAUUUGCAGAACUUCUUUGAGAAGGCUCUUCAGGAUUCUUUUAUUGUUGAACUUCUUUCCGGCAAAUUCGAAUCCAAGGAUUUGGCUGCUUAUAAUAAGAAAAGGCGAUUGUCUUAUGUUGAUCAAAUGCAGCUUGUUGCCGAAGAAUUAUCACCAGCUGACUCAGACAUGAACUUGAUAUCAUGUAGUACACAGGGUUCAAACGAAGAUGUGGAAAGCCUGCAGAAAAAUCUUUAUGAAGGAGAACUGAUAGGAAUGCAGACAAUAGUUAACGUUGAUGGUAAAGAAUCUGAAAUUAGAGUUUCCUCAAACCAAAAUGUGGCUAAUGAGGCUAUCUAUCCAGCUGAACCAAAGGAGGUUUCAGGUACCGUCCAAGUCGAAGUAGCUGCUCGACACGAAGUGAAUGAUGUGUUUUGGGAACAAUUCCUUACUAAAAGACCAUUCUAUUCAGACUAUGAAGAGGCAAAAUCCAACUAA